CCAAUCAGGCUUCAGCUCACAACGCGUCACUGAUCUCAGGUGGUCCGACGGGUAGACUAAUCAAUACAAGGCUCAUGCUAUAUAUGAAUCAUUUGGGAUCUGUACUCUACCAAGGACUCACCUGCUCCUAUCUAACGAACCAACAAGGCACUACAAAGAUGAACAAUACCACCCAUCACUCUGGCAAUGGAAAUGGCUCUGUCAAUGGUUUUUCCAGCGGAUCUCCAACAAUCAGUCGAGGUCGUGUUCUCAUUACUGGGGGCGCUGGGUAUGUAGGUACAAGUAUUAUACCCAUACUGCUGGAAGGAGGGUACGAGGUGACCGUGUUCGACUGUUUCAAAUGGGGCAUUUCAUCAUUACUACCUUUUGCGGAACACCCACGCCUCACCAUCGUGAAUGGUGACAUCAUGAAUAAAGAUCAACUCAGGGAGGUGAUCAAAGAUAAAACAGCAGUCAUACAUCUAGCGGCUAUUGUUGGUUACCCUGCAUGCGACAAGGAUCCUGAGAUUGCGGAUCAAGUGAACAUUGGUGGUACACAGAACGUAGUGGAUCUCAUGUCACCUGGACAAGCACUUGUCUAUGCUAGCACAGGCUCUUGCUACGGUGCAGUCGAUGGUCUCUGUACCGAAGACUCCAAAAUCAGUCCUCUGUCUAAAUAUGGCAGUUCUAAGGCCGGUGGAGAGGAAGUGACUCUUAAAGCCGGGGGUGUGGCUCUGAGGCUGGCAACCGUCUUCGGAAUAUCACCUCGACUCCGACUGGACCUCCUUAUAAAUGAUCUUACAUACAAGGCACUAACAAUAAAGCAUUUUGAUCUCUAUGAAUCCCAUUUCCGAAGGACAUUUCUUCACGUCAAAGAUGCCGCCCGGGCGUUUGUGUUUGCACUGGAGAACUACAAGGUAAUGAAAGGAAAGGCAUACAACGUUGGCGAUGAGCGCAUGAACCUGACAAAGCUGGAAGUGGCUCAGAUCAUCCAGGAGCAGGUACCCACAUGUAACAUCACUGAGUCCAACUCCGGGGAAGACAAGGACAAGAGAGACUACGAAGUGUCAUACGAGCGAAUACGAAAGCUUGGCUAUAGAUCGACAAUAACUGUUCAAGAAGGCGUGAAGCAUCUCCUGAAGGUACUUCCUUGUGUACAAGUCGGCGAGGUUGCCCGGUUUAAAAAUGUGUAAUAUGUCAGGAUAGAAUUCCCACAUGUCACACGGAUAGCUCGGGGACACUUUGCAACAAUUAUUAAAUAUUGAAUCAUAUUCCCAUGGACUGAAUGAAGGUGCAAAUAAGUGUAUUCCACUACAAUCAAGAACGUAUCACUUUGCUGUUCCUGAAACCACGUUUACUGAACAUUCCUGUUUGGGAUGCAAUUAGUCCACUACGGUGAUUCGAUGACCCUGGCGUGUCUUAGUCGGGACAAUUCUACUGGAAGCCAUACCUCCCGCAUCAACAGCGCUGAUGAGAAGAGACAUUGUGUACCUGUGUUUGGAACUUAUCAUAAUCUAAAUAUUAUACUUUUUUUAUGUAUAAAAGUCACCUUGUAACACUUCCGAAUCAACAUAACUUAUUUCGUCAUAUACAUUAACAUUAUUUAUUCAUCGGCAUUAUUCAUUUACUUCAAAUCUUUAAAGAAUCAUUCCUUUGUUGCCUUACUGCUGCUGCUGCUGAGUCGACAGGGCUUUGAGGAUGUGUAUUUGCUGUGUGUUGAUGUUAUGGCUAAGUGUCAAAGAAUCUUCGUUCGACAUUUCAAAAGAAUGGAAUAGCAAUAAUCUAUGUCAUGUCGAAAUGUCAAAAUAUCAUAGAAUGUAAUAUCAAUAGCCCAUGUCAUGUCGACAUAAAUUGUAUCACGUGCCAGCAAAGCACUCUACAUGUUCCACGAUUUGUCCCAAAAGGAUUAGCAGUAGAUUAGCUUGGAUAGAGUUAGCGUCCUUGAGGAUGUUCCAAAUUAUAUAACUUUAUAACUAAAUGAUUACAUUUCCUGGUUCCGUCAUUUAUAUUUUGCACAGAGGAUGAAACCGGAAUUACUCCUUUUCAGGGUAAUGAAUCAAAACAAAUGAUACAAGGUUCCUUACUAACUUAUUGAAUAAACUUCGCUUCUACCCCUUUA